AUGCCCUUAGGUUUUAGGCUUGCUUGCACUCUCUUUCCUCAAAACGCCCUGGGAUUCAAGUUUCCAGUCCUCUUGACGCCUCUCGCGCAGCAUCGCUGGCGCGCCGCGUCAUUGUACUUCGGCUGCACCGCUUUGCGAUCCAGGAAGCGCUUAAGGGUGGUAGACAAACGCAUGCCGCACACAUUGCCUCAUUCUGGACAUGUUUCGAAAAACAAAAAAAUCACAAAAAUGCUGUCUGUAAGACGUUUUUAUUUAUUUGCACUGAGAUGCCGCCAGUGUCAAACUUGGAGUAGUGAUCCCUUGUUAAGCCAGCUAAAUAACUGCAUAAAUGAAGAUCAAGUGUUUGACCUUGUUGGAAAGAACAAAACCAAACUUUCUGAGAAACAUGUGGGAAAGGCAAUUAAUAUACUUUGGGGUUUUCAAAAAAAGAAGCCUGAGCCUCUGAGGCUUACUGAUUAUGUAAAAAAUCACUCCCAGUUUCUUAUACUUCGCAUUUUAGCAGAAAACAAGAUUGAACAGAUGGAUAAUGAAGCAUUAGUGGAUAUUCUGUAUAGUUUACUCAGGUUUGGAAUUGAGGCUCAUGAUUCGCUGAUUGAAGAGCUUGUCAUAGAAUGCUGGAGAAGAUUAAAUGGACUCAGCAUGCCUCUGCUAUCUAAAUUUUCAAUGUGCCUACAUGACCAACAAAUGUACUAUAGUCCUCUCACUGGUGAUAUAGCUGAUAUUGUGAAUAGGAACUUGGAUUCCAUACAAGAUGGAAGGGUCUUGUCAAUUUUGAUGGUCGGCAUAUCUGGUGUUAUCUCACAGCAUUUUAGAGAUCGGUUAAUACAGAAGGCAGAGUUUCUUCUGGAAAACCCGGGAUCUGCCCCCUUGAAUAAUGCCAGGCGAUAUGUACAGUUUCUCCGGAAUGUCAGACUACCACAUCGACCAUUGCUGGACAAGUGUAACAAAGUUUUUCUUCAGAAUGUGAACAAGCUAGGUGUUGACGGUGUGGUUAUCAUCCUUGGACUUUACCAGGCUUUACAAUUCAACAACUUUGAGUUAAAAUUAGUUGCUAAACAGAAACUGAUGGAAGCAAUGGAUGACUGCAAUAAUCCUUCAAGGUUUCCUCGACUGUUUGUUGCCCUUGCACCCAUGGCAGGACCAGAGGUCAGAGAACGGUUAACUGAAACUGCUCUACUAAUGGCAGAUGAAUUUGACCAUCAGCAAACAUUAGCAGUGGCGGACAGUAUGCAAGAAACAGAGUUCAGACAGCCGCAACUGAUUCAAAAGAUUGUGUCUCUGCUUUACAAACAUAUGGAUCUCUACAAACCAGUAGAGUUGGCCAAAUUGACCUACGCCCUCCUCCUAUUUCAUUGCUCCAAUCCUGAUAUUUAUUCCAAAUUACAGAGAUUGCUCACCAGCUGUUUACACACUAAUGUCGUACCGACAGAUAUUUCCAUGCUCAUUCGUGUUAUUUCCUUGCUUCCUAAUUCCUACAUGGAUGAAUUCAUAGUCACUCGAAUGGAGGCUGUGAUGCCUCAGUGCAGCCUGAGUGAUUUGAGUUCCUUCGCCACAGCUGUUACGAAAUGGAUUCGACGCGAUCAGCCCCAUCAGCAAAGCCCUUCGGUGCAGUACGGAAAACUUUUGCAAAAAGUCAAUAACUGUGCACUUGAGAGACUACAGAAAGCCAGUGAUCUGGAUCUUCUGUUAGACGAACUGAAAUACAUACAUGGAGACUGGUUUGAUGAAAUGCUCCUUGAGGAAACCAUGGUUGCUCUUCAGCGCUUGGCGGACCAGAUUACAUGGACAAAUGUGACAGAGGUUUCAUCUUUUUUGGUCAGAACUUCCUAUCUCUGCGUUCCAUUACUUGAUAGAAUAGCUGCCUUUACCAUUCAGCAUAUAGAUAAGGUUCACAGUUCUGGGAUUUACUCUCUUCUCCUUCCCUUUACUACUCUAAAUUACGAUCCUCCCCAGAGUGAAAAGUUUUUUGAGGCUUGCCUUCAGCGCUUGAGCUCUUGCUUGGGUAGUUUUGAACCGCAUCUCCUUGUGCUGCUUGGUUUUGCUUUGGCUGUUGCUGAGUAUUUUCCAGAGAAUGUGAUAAAGGCUAUAUUUAACAUCGAAUUUCUGGCCAAACUAGAUGCCCAGCUUGAAACGCUACCAAGUUCCUUAAACCGGAAGGUCCGCUUACGGCUGAUGGAACUGAACCGAGCGGUCUGUCUGGAGUGCCCAGAGCUUCAAAUUCCGUGGUUUCAUGAGCGCUACUUUCAGCAUCUACAGCGAAAAGGCAGUGGUAGCCUUAGCGCGUUGCAACAGCAGAUUCACAGACUGCUGGGACAAAUUUUGGGAGGAAGCCACUUUGCCAUGGUGUCUGUUCUCACCCCAUACUACUAUGGAAUCGACUUUGAGUGUAUUCUUGACAAAAGCAAGAAGCCCCUUCCACAUACCGAACAGAUUGUUGUCAUGGCUGACUUGAAGGGAUUGCACUGGGAGCAAGAUGGCCUGUUGUUGGGAAGGAAAGGGCUGCCGCCCGGAGCUCAGAGAAUUGCAGUGGAUUUUCUGGAUUCAAAAGCCUUUUGUAAGAACUUGAAUCACCUGAAAGGAGAAGCUGCUAUGAAAAAGCGACAUUUGGAGAUUCUAGGAUACCACGUUGUUCAGAUCCCUCAUUUUGAAUGGAAUUCCAUGGAGCUGUCAUCAAAGGAGGCAUGGAUAGAGUAUCUAAAGAAUAAAAUAUAUGAAAAGGUUUGAUACGACCAUGUGAAGAAGACACACAAUCAUGAAGUUAUUUUAUAUAGACUAUGGAACAUUAAAUAUUUUCAGCCUGAUG